UUUUGAUUAAAGGUGUGUUCGUAUUGUGUGUAGCUGUUUUGUUUCCUUUCUUCCAACCCAACCCCCAAAUUCAUUCCUUCUUCGUACUCUCACGGCAGCCACUUUCCGUUCAAUCGCCGCCAUCGUCAACUCUCAUCGCCUCCACGCGACGCGACUCUUUCUUCCUAAGGUCCAUCUGUAUUUCUAGAAUUAUUCUAAGCAACAUAACCCGGCUUAUCAUUCCUAGUUGGGAUUCAAAGAAGAUACCAUAAAUAUUUCGUUAUACGGAAAUAAAUGGAGCUUAAAGCUUCAUCUCCAAAACCAGAGUCUGCUGUGCCAUCUGAUUGCGCCAGUGAUCCUGAAGAGAAAGAAGUGAGCGAUGACGAUGACGAUGAUAGGAAUCAUAAGCAUCGGAGGAAGGAUGAUCAUUCUCAAUCAUUGGAGAGAGAUGUUUUAGAUCCUGUAAUUAACAGGUCAUUCAGAAAGCGUAACAAAAAUUUUGGGAAUCGUCAUCCAUUUAGAGAAAAUGAAUCCAUGGCCUUUGAAACACUGAAAACUUACAGCGAUGCCACCACAGAUAAAGAUUUUUAUUCCAAGUUCGACAGAAGGCGCCAUGGGAUGACUUCAGUUCCCCGAACACCUUUUGAUAUGAAUCAAAGGUUACGACCAAGCCAAUCAUUUGCUGGAGAUCCUGGCGCUGGUAGGGGAAGAGGCAGGGAUUCAGGUUUUUGGAAUCAACGGGAAUCCAGGUUCAGCUCAAUUGAUGUUGCUUCACAAAUGGUUCAGCAGGGGUCCUUUCCUCCAGCCCUUUAUACUGGACGCGGGUUACCAAAUAUAUCAAAUGCACAAAAUGCUUCUUGGAAUACAUUUGGUUUAAUUCCAGCCGUACCCAACGGUGGCUUAGACAUGCUUCAUCCAAUGGGUUUACAAGGGGCGCUCAGACCACCCAUUAAUUCAUCUUUAAAUGUGAAUAUUCCCCGUCAACGAUGCAGAGAUUUUGAGGAACGUGGAUUUUGCCUUAGAGGGGACAUGUGCCCUAUGGAACAUGGUGUUAAUCGAAUUGUCAUUGAAGAUGUUCAGAGUCUUUCACAGUUCAACCUUCCUGUUUCGCUUUCAAGUGCACACCUAAUUGGAGCACCUGCUGGAUCUGGAUCACUACAUUCAGUAAAUGCUUCAACCGCUUCAAUGAACAGCAAAUGUAAAUCUGGAAUAAUUUCCAAGUCCGUUGUCAGCGAUGUUGGUUUGCCGAUGGAUGGUGAAUAUCCUGGUCCUGGUUGCACAAGUGGAGCUGAUCUUUAUGAUCCAGAUCAACCACUGUGGAAUGAUAGGGGUCUGGAAUCUUCAAAUGCACUCCUAAAUAUGCAGUCAUCAAAGAUUGAUGAUGCCGAGCCUAUGUCUUGUGAUGCUCCAAAUAGUGUUUGUCCAGUCGAAGCUACCAGAACUUCUGUCAGUUUACAGGGUGCCAGUUCAUCUGUCUGGGGCAGAAUUGGUAGUUCAAAAAGUAGAUUUGGCACGAAAGAAAAAUCUAACCCUACAAUGAGCUCUUUCCAUUUUCCUGAUAAUCAAUUAAAGGAAGAUAAUGAUGAAUUAAUAGGUUCUCACAACACUUCCAGUCAAGGUAAGCAAAUCAUAGCAGAUGAUGCCAUCUCAAGAGCCUUGGAAGCAUCUUUGAAGGCACAGGCUGAUAUGCGUAACAUACGUAAACCAUCACAGAAGGCAUUGCGUACUCUAUUUGUAAAUGGGAUACCUCAUAAAAUUAACAGGAGGGAGUCUCUUCUUGCUCAUUUUCAGAAGUUUGGGGAAGUUACCGACAUUCAUAUUCCAAUAAACAGCGAACGAGCUUUUGUCCAAUUCUCCAAGAGAGAAGAGGCUGAAGCUGCUCUGAAGGCACCUGAUGCUGUAAUGGGCAACCGUUUCAUCAAGCUGUGGUGGGCUAAUCGUGACUGUAUUCGUGGUGAUAAUUCUACUGCAAGUGGGAAUGGUGCAACUGUAACUCCCCACGGGCAACCACCCACUUUCGUUCAAUCUCAUCCAGUGGCCACGGAUAGGAGAAAAGAUAUACAUCAACCUGAUGCUUCAAGGACUAUGUUUGAAGGAUCAUCACCUUCGGAUUUACCAAAGCCAUUCAUUGCAGAUGCAGCCAAGGUUGCGCCUCCUUUGCAGAGGAAGCUUGAAAGCUUAGAGCAUCUAAAGGAACAACUGCGCAAGAAGCAGGAAAUUCUGGACCAAAAGCGUAACGAGUUCAAGCGCCGGUUGAACAAAUUUGAGAAACAUGCUACAGGACCCAAGGGUGAAGUUGUCACUGAGAAAUCUGCCAAGAGACUCAAAACGAGCAUGGCGUCUGAUGUAGUCAAACCGUCUUCCCCUAUAUCGUCUGAUGCUGAUAUUGGUAUGUCAUCUCCACAUGCGGAGACAACAGUGGAUAAGAAUAAACAGUUGGUCAAAACUGCUUCUCAAAGUCCUAAAGCAAAUACACCAAUGAGACUACAAGAACUUACAGGCUUGAGGCAGUCAAUUCAACCAUUAGGGCCUGUUAAUAGAUACAAAUUGGAUAACCGUCCCACUGCAUUUAGAAUCAUCCCACCUUUGCCAGUUGGUCUAGCAAAUGUUGCUGCUUUGAAGGAACACUUCUUACCAUAUGGUGAACUUUCCGCUGUAGAGUUAGAAGAUGUGCAAGUCAAUGACAGUAGUGAGCAAGAUGCACGUCUAAAUUUCACUACUCGUGGAGCAGCUGAGCAGGCCUUUAUAAAAGGUAAAUGCUGGAAAGACCAUAACCUUAAAUUUGUGUGGUUGGCACCUACCAAUUCUGGCAAUGGCAAUGCCACUGUUAGUAGAGAGCGUUCUCUAUCUGCUCCUCCCAGGGAGCCCUUGGAUACAGAAGGGCAAUCUGAAGAAAAGUUAGGAAACUCUGUAAACCAUGAAUCAAUUGUGUCUGACGGUGAGCAUAAAUAUUCUGAAACUAAAAGUCCUUCGGGGCUUAUGAAAAAGGAACAAGAUGAAGAUCUCCAGUGUACCACCAGUCGAGUUUCUUCGGCCAAACAAUCACCCGAGGACAAUGUCUGUUGAGAGGAUCUGUUGAUGGUCAGAUUUGUACAGCGAGGUAAAAUUUUAAAUCUAUUAAACUCUAACUUUCAGGGGCAUUUUUUUUAUAUCAAUUUCUAAAAAAUUAUUAUUCCAUGUUCCUUUGGUCAAUGUUAAGACAUGUAAAGUUCCUUCUAUUUGGCCACCUCUUGUAUUUGGUGGUAUUAAUCGAAUGGUGCAUCAUGUUAUAUCUCAGCUUUUGGAUAGUUCUCUUGUAGGAUAAAAUUUUUGAAUUACAACAUUCUGUUAAAAGCCAUUGAACAGUUACUUGACAUAUUUGGGAACCCUUCCCUUUUUUGUUUUAUAGCAACAGUAGAAUAAUAUAAUUGAAGCGGUUAGUUUAACUUCA